AUGCGUUGGACUAACUUUUUUACGUUGGGCGAGGUUUUAUGGCUCUCUUGCCUCGGUUCUGGCUAUGCCAGGACCCUGUCAAAGGAGAGCAUUGUCGGUAGACAAACCCCUCCGCCUCCUGGUGGCUUCGUCUGGCGCGGGGAUAGCAGAUCCCCGCGAGAGAUUCGUGCUGCUGGGGGAUUCCGGCCUCAAGGUGACGGCUGGGAAAACUAUGACCCAUCUUUCGAUCUGACCCGGCACUACACCGCUGGUCCAAAUGGCUGCGGCCUGGACGAAUUUGACGAUGCUGGUUUUGUCUUUCGGACCGCGUAUGUUUCGGCAGCCCAACGACGGGCUACAGCAGAAAAUUAUGGCGACUGGCUUUACGAACUUCGUGCAACACCAAACAUCCUGGACAAUGACGACGCCGAGUCUGAAGUGAUGGCUCUGGCAGGUCUCCAUUGGAGACAAGUACGAAGAUACACACGAAUGAGAGCUACCGACAAUAAUAGAGUUGAUGAAUCAAGUUGGAUUAAUAAUCCGGAAUACGAUGCCGAAUUAUAUGAGCGGGGGCAAUAUGCCCAUCUAUGUCGCGUUAGUACCGACUUCCCCCGUGUGUUAGCCGGCGAAUCGGAUUCGGAUAGCAGCGGUAGUGAAUCGGAUUCGGAUAGCAGCGGUAGUGAAUCGGAUUCGGAUAGCAGCGGUAGUGAAUCGGAUUCGGAUAGCAGCGGUGAGGCCGGCGCACAACGCCGCCUAUAUAAUGCAGUGGAUAUAUGGAUGGACCAAACCGACGGCAUAUUCGAACUAUUUGGCGAAUUUCCGCCUACCUGGAGGGAAUAUGACCCUAAUGAGGAUAUUCCCGGACCGGACCAUCCUGCAACCCCGGAAGCUGAAGAUGCGCAAACCAACCAAGGCGGGGAUGGACCGCAGGUCGAGCGUCCCGAGGAGACUCCUGCUGAGCCGUCGGCCUGCAACCUCGAAUAUAUUGAUGUCGAUUUUCUGUUGGCUGAUGAGCGCUGGGCUGGCACCGACCACCAGUUGGAUCUUGUUCUUCACGGAAAGUUUGCCAAGUCGGCAUCAGAGCCGAUCCGCCUCGGGAGCGACGUGGACCGAGGAUGGCACCACACCCAGCAUAUAAAUCUCAAGGAGGAAUUCAACGCAGAGACCAUCUCGUUCAAGAGCAUCAAGGGGCUCGAACUGUGGAGUGGAAAGGAUGAGUUAUGGGUACAAGACAAAUUUGCUGGUUUGAAUCAGAAAAUGUCGGCAAAAGAAUGGAAUACUAUCUGGUCUGGCGAAAUCAAGCCAGAAGACUGGGGCACCACGCGUUGCGAGCAAAUUGACCGUCUGGAACUAGAAAUUCAGCUGAGAGACAGAGCGUGGGCCGGGACCGACGACGCGCUUGAUCUCAUUAUUCUAGGAGAAUUUAUCGGCAAAACCUCCCACACGAUCCAUAUGGGUCAAGACAUGAACCGCGGAUGGCGACACACCGAAAAGAUCCCAAUGUCCUCGUUGAACGGGCCGUCCACCUUCACAGGCGCCAGCGACAUCACAGGACUAGAGCUUCGAAGCGCCGCGGGUGAUCAGAUCAAACUACAGAGCAUCAAAGUAACGGCCAAGUGCGCCGGCUCGCCCACCGAGGCCUUGAUUGACCAUAAAUGGGAGUCUAUCAAUCAGUGGGUCAAGGCGGAAAAGGAAAGCUACGGCACGAUCUGGCAGGGCGCCAUCGAAGCCCAGGACUGGAGCUGGAGGCCUCCCUGCUACGAGUUUGACGAGUUAAAGGUCGCCUUUCACCUGGUCGACGCCGCAUGGGCGGGAACUGACGGCCUUAUCCAAGUGAAAUUCGACUUUGAUGGGCCCAAGACCACGUUGGCAGAGAACCCUAACAGAGAUCACCGAGCUACUAUUGACAUUAACCUUGAUACCGUGUUUGGCAAAAAGGUUAUUUCCGUUGAUCAAGUCAAGCUUAUUGACAUCUGGACAGGAACCGACCAGAUCUAUAUUGAUAGCAUUCAGUUAUUGGGGCGAUGUGCAAAGUCCGGGAAGCAGGCCGUAUUUGACCGAUACAAGGAUCUAGAUACAAAGAUGUCGAGCAGCAGCGGCUUUACUUCGGUUUGGGUUGGUGAGGUAGGUUUUACGGGGUGGGAAGCAAAGAAGUAA